GCUCAAGAAUCUGUACUCUUCUGAAAAGUUCCAUUCCAUUGCUCAUCUUUCUCACUUUCGUCUUUUCUGUUCUCUCUCUUUUCCAUCACCUCCGCCACAGCAUAAGUCGUAGUUCAGACAAAGCGACGUCGUUUAACCCUACUCUUCUACUCACCACAGCAUCUAGCAGGUUGUUGGAAACAUGGCCAAACAUCAUCCUGAUUUGAUCAUGUGCCGUAAGCAGCCAGGAAUUGCUAUUGGCCGAUUGUGUGAGAAAUGUGACGGCAAGUGUGUGAUUUGCGACUCUUACGUGCGUCCAUGUACACUUGUCAGGGUCUGCGAUGAGUGCAACUACGGAUCAUUUCAAGGUCGAUGUGUCAUAUGUGGAGGAGUAGGAAUUUCGGAUGCUUACUACUGCAAGGAAUGCACACAGCAGGAGAAAGAUAGGGAUGGUUGCCCCAAAAUUGUUAACUUAGGGAGUGCCAAAACUGAUUUAUUCUAUGAACGGAAGAAGUAUGGUUUUAAGAAACGAUGAAAAGGGUGGAUUCAACAUUUUUAUUUCUGUUAAACUUUUUGAUCAAUUUGUGCCUUGAUCGGAUUUCUGCACCAUAGAACGAGACCUUGUGCAUGUAAACAUUAGUAUUGAGUACAAUUGUUGUUUGUUUA